AUGAAGUCUUUCGCAGCCAUCUCAGCUUUUCUUGCAGUCACCUUAGCUGCGCCUUCUUUUGAUGUCCACAAGGACAUUAAGCAGGCGUGCAUCACAGUGCAGCAUCAGAAGCAAACCUCCCUGACAGGGAUUACAAUCAAGGAUCAGACCACAUCUGCGCUUUUUGGGUAUGCCUGCUCCAAGUCCCUUUCAUCUGGUCCAUUUGCAGAUUUCUCUGUCACUGCAGACCUCGACUUCAAUGGCGCUGGGAACCUCACUAUUGGGCCCAACACCUACCGUGUUCAUGAGAGCCCCGAACACCCAGGAGGUAUCAAGUGCAUGAGGAAAGGAUCAACUAAAAGCCGCGUUACCGCCCAUAUUGAGGCAUUCGUGUGA